UGAAGAAAUCGAUCCCUUGGUUACGAGAUGAAUCGUUGGAUAUUGGUUUUUACGGCAUUAGCUGCUUUGGCUUCGAUUGCCAACUCAGCAAAGAAAGUUGUAUGCUAUUACGGUAGCUGGGCUGGUUAUCGAAAUGGUAAUGGCAAAUUUGACGUCUCACAAAUUGAUCCGUCUCUUUGCACUCAUGCCAUCUAUGGCUUUGUCGGCAUCAAUUCGGAUGGCAGCAUCCGAAUUUUAGAUGCAUGGAAUGAUGUUGGCGACAAUUACGGCUUGAACGGUUUUGGCAAAUUCAUCGGUCUUAAAAAAAAGAGCCCCAGCACUAAAAUGAUGGUCGCUAUCGGUGGAUGGAACGAGGGAUCCACGACAUUCUCUAAAGUCGCUAGCAAUCCAGCUCUUCGUAAAGCAUUUGCCAAGAAUAGCGCUACAUUUGUGGACAAAUAUGGUUUCGAUGGUUUCGAUAUCGAUUGGGAAUAUCCGAACCAGCGUGGUGGAAAACAAGAAGACAUAAACAACUUUGUGGAAAUGCUCAAGGAAUGCAAUACUGAAUUAAAAAAAAAAGGAAAGAUUCUUAGUGUUGCCGUUGGUGCUACCGAGUCGCUUGCCAGUUUAUCUUACAAAAUCGACAAAGUAGCCCAAAAUGUGGACUUCAUCAAUCUUAUGACAUACGAUCUUCACGGUACUUGGGACGGCGUCACUGGUCAUCACGCUGGACUUUAUUCGCCCACGAGCGGAGACAAGCUCACCGUUCACGCAGCCGUACUCUAUUGGUUGAAGAAUGGUUGCCCACCUGAGAAACUAAUCCUUGGAGUGCCAUUCUACGGUAGGGCCUUCACUCUCUCCAAUAGUAAAAAUAAUGGCAUUGGAGCUCCUUCCUCUGGACCAUCUUCAUCCGGCCCGUAUACUCAAGAGGGUGGCUAUCUUGGAUACAAUGAGAUUUGCGAAAAACUUAACCAGGGAGGCUGGACUAUUAUACGCGGUGAUAAGGAAAAAUCUCCUUAUGCUUACAAGGGUAAUCAAUGGGUUGGCUAUGAGGAUAAAACAUCUAUUCAAAUAAAAGCUCAAUACGUCAAAGACAAAGGUCUUGGAGGUCUAAUGACAUGGAGUAUCGAUACUGACGACUUUAAAGGACUUUGCGGUGAAAAGUACCCUCUACUGAAAGCAAUGAAUCUAGUGAAGAAAUAAGUUCUGGUAGAAUCAAGAUAAUUCGAUCAAGAAACUACCGCAAACGAUGCAUCUAUAACAAACAAUGCCUCCACCUGACUGCACUUUCCAGUGAUAUUAGAAAAAUGAUUACAAUUUGCGAUAAAUAAAAUUAUGAUAUAUUCUACCUACGCCGAAAUAUCAACGCGCUUUUUAAGUAUAAAAAUUCAAUUGCCUAAGCGGAUUAGCUUUCAAUUUCUAAAUCAACGAUUGUAAUUACAAAUAUCUCGAUAAUAGAUGAUAACAAAUGGUCAUGUUAUACUAUUCUAUGACGUUUCUAUUUGUUAUACAGCGUGAAAUGUAAUAAAUAGAUAUGCUUUAUAAC